GGCAGUGAAGAGCGGAGAAUCUGUAUAAAUACCAAAAGGUUCUUCGUAUUCCUCAUUAGAGUUUCGGUUUUACUGCUGUGAACAAGCAACUCAACGGACAAGAUGAAACUCUUCCUGGUCGCUUUCGCCGUGAUCGCAGCCGUGGCUGCUGAUGUCAGCCACCUGCCCUCCAACGAGUACCUGCCCCCCGUCGUCCAGGAGGCGCAGAUCGCCGUUGCUCCCAGCAACGAGUACCUGCCCCCUGUCCAGGCUGAGGCUGCCCCCGCCCAUGAGCUGGCCGAUGAUGGCUACCGUUACAAGACUCACAAGCGCGUGGUUGUCCGUCGCCACCGCCGCGAUGUCAACGAGCUGCCCUCCACCGAGUACCUGCCCUCAGUGGCUGCUCCUUCCAACGAGUACUUGGCUCCCGUUGAGGCUGCUCCCGAGACCAUCCUGGCUGAUGAUGGCUACCGUUACAAGACCCACAAGCGCGUGGUUGUCCGCCGCCACCGUCGUGAUGUGAACGAGCUGUCCAGCGAGUACCUGCCCCCCUUCCAGGCUGCUGCUCCCUCCAACGAGUACCUGCCCCCAUCCGAGGAGGUUGUUGCUGCUCCCGAGACCAUCCUGGCUGAUGAUGGCUACCGUUACAAGACCCACAAGCGCGUGGUUGUCCGUCGCCACCGUCGCGAUGUGAACGAGCUCCCCUCCAACGAAUACCUGCCCCCAGUUGAUGCUCCUUCCAACGAGUACUUGGCUCCCGUUGAGGCUGCUCCCGAGACCGUCUUGGCUGAUGAUGGCUACCGUUACAAGACCCACAAGCGCGUGGUUGUCCGCCGCCACCGUCGUGAUGUGAACGAGCUGUCCAGCGAGUACCUGCCCCCCUUCCAGGCUGCUGCUCCCUCCAACGAGUACCUGCCCCCAUCCGAGGAGGUUGUUGCUGCUCCCGAGACCAUCCUGGCUGAUGAUGGCUACCGUUACAAGACCCACAAGCGUGUGGUUGUCCGCCGUCACCGUCGUGAUGUGAGCCACCUGCCUUCCAACGAGUACCUGCCCCCCGUCCAGGCUGCUGCUCCCUCCAACGAGUACCUGCCCCCAGUCCAGGUUGCUGCCCCCGCUCCAGUCCAGAUUGCCGCCCCUGCUCCAGUUCAGUACGCUGCCCCAGCUCCCGCCCCAGUCCAGAUUGCUGCCCCUGCUCCAGUCCAGAUUGCUGCCCCCGCUCCCGCUCCAGUGGCCAUCCAGGUUGCUGCCCCCGCCCCCGCUCCCGUUGAGGUUGAGGCUGCUCCCGCCCAUGAGCUGGCUGCUGAUGGUUACCGCUACAAGACCCACCGUCGCGUUGUCUACCGUCGCCACCGUCGCGAUGUGAACGAGCUCCCCUCCAACGAGUACCUGCCCCCAGUUGCUGCUACCUCCAACGAGUACUUGGCUCCUGUUGAGGCUGCUCCCGAGACCAUCCUGGCUGAUGAUGGCUACCGUUACAAGACCCACAAGCGCGUGGUUGUCCGUCGCCACCGUCGUGAUGUGAACGAGCUGCCCUCCAACGAGUACCUGCCCCCAGGUGCUGCUCCCUCCAACGAGUACCUGGCCCCCGUGGAGAACACCGUCGAGGUGGCUCCCGCCCAUGUCCUGGCCGAUGAUGGCUACCGUUACAAGACCCACAAGCGCGUGGUUGUCCGUCGCCACUAAACAUUGCGAUUACGACUUCACUAGGUGAUCGAUUUGUGCUCAUUUUGGAGUGCAGUCUUUACUAUUAGCAUACCUUUUCAUUCAGAAAAUUACAAUAAUACGAUAAAGAAUCCAUAAA